AUAAUGACAGUAAACUACUUCAAACAGCUGCAUGCUCCCACCAAUUACCUCAUCCUCUCCCUGGUUGCGACCGACCUUCUCCUGGGGGCCGUGGUCAUGCCCCCCAGUAUGUUGCGCUCAGUGGAGACCUGCUGGUAUUUGGGCAGCUUCCUCUAUAAGAUCCACUCCAGCACGGACAUCAUGCUAUGCACUGCGUCCAUUUUACACCUGUCAUUCAUUUCUAUCGAUCGAUACUAUGCCAUUUGCCAGCCCCUCCUCUACCAGACUAAGAUCACAACCCCCGUCUCAGCGUUAAUGAUCUUGAUUAGCUGGACCCUCUCUGCUCUUGUUGGUUUUGGGAUGGUAUUUCUGGAACUGAAUAUCUGGGGCAUUGAGGAUUUCUAUCAUGAGAAGGUUUAUUGCUUUGGAGGCUGUACUCUGUUUCAAAGUUUGACCUCAAGUUCUGUGUCAUCUACGGUUUCUUUCUACAUCCCGGUUAUUAUGCUGGGGAUCUAUCAAAAGAUUUUUGAAAUAGCCACCAAGACCCUGGCCAUAGUUAUGGGCGUCUUUCUCUCAUGCUGGACUCCCUUCUUCAUCUGUAAUGUCAUCGACCCCAUCAUUGAUUAUUCUACUCCACCUGUGCUGUUUGAUAUGCUGGUGUGGAUUGGCUAUUUAAACUCCACCUUUAAUCCAAUUGUUUAUGCGUUCUUUUACACCUGGUUCAGGAAAGCAUUCAAAAUGAUAAUACUCUGUAAAGUAUUUCAGCAAGAUUCAUCAACAAUAAAUUUGUUUACUGACUGA